AUGGAAACGGGACCCAGCGGAGGUCCUGGCGGCCGAAAGGAGUCCCAAGAAGUUUGCCCCCCGGGACUACUGGUAUUCGCCGGCUCCUCAGAAGAGGACGCCAACUUGGCUAAGCAGUUCUGGGUCUCGGCGUCGAUGUAUCCUCCUAACGAAAGUCAGCUGGUGCUGUGCAGAGGUAGCAGUCAGCGGCUGUCGGUGGCGGGGCCCUGUAAGAGCAGUGUGUCUGAGGAUAGAGAUGUCAUUGCUGAAGCCCUAAAGGUUCAGAAAUCUGAGGAGACAGCAAAGUAUCUUCAAAAGGCUAAAACGAAAGAAGAGAUUCUCCAACUCUUAAGAAAACAAAGAGAAGAAAGGAUCUCGAAAGAACUAAUUUCUCUUCCUUAUAAACCAAAGGCCAAAGUACCAAAAGCAAAGAAAGUGAUAUCAGAGUCAGAUAAAGAGGACCAAGAAGCAGUCAAAGCCUUGAACUAAUUUGCUUGACACAUGGUAGAGGAUGGCUUACUUAUAUCUUCACUUGUGAAACAACCUACUCUUGCAUCAGGACCAUGGGAUCACUGAAAUGUUAAAAUAGACAAAGAGAUAAAAGUUAAAUAUCCAGACUUCCAGGAAUCUUACCAGUUAUUGAAUACUUGUGUUAAAAUAGACAAAGAAAUAAAAGUAAAAUAUGCAGACUUCUAGGGA